AGCCGCGGUGGCGCAGGCGCAACGUAAAUGCGCCUGCUUUACCGGGGGAGAUGUUGCGGUUAGGCGUCCUCUGUCUGUGGCGGCGGAGAUCUCUGGUGUUUGCGGUCCCUGCAAAGAACCUCGGCCUUAGAAAGGUUGCUUCCGGCGUCUCUCCCCCGGGCAGCACCUCGCCCAGAGCCCUAAAUAUCUUCGACCGGGAUUUGAAGAGAAAACAGAAGAACUGGGCGGCCCGGCAGCCCGAACCCAUGAAGUUUGAUUAUCUGAAGGAGGAGGUUGGAAGCCGGAUUGCAGACCGCGUAUAUGACAUAGCUAGAAAAUUUUCCCUUGCUUUGGAUGUUGGUUGUGGAAGAGGUUACAUAGCACAGCAUUUGAAUAAGGAAACUGUUGGAAAGUUCUUCCAAGUAGACAUUGCAGAAAAUGCGUUGAAAAAUACCGUAGAAAUGGAAAUCCCUACUGUCAGUGUUUUAGCUGAUGAAGAGUUCCUUCCCUUCAGAGAAAAUACAUUUGACCUGGUAGUUAGCAGCUUAAGUUUACACUGGGUGAAUGACCUUCCUAGAGCACUUGAACAGAUUCAUUAUGUUUUAAAACCAGAUGGAGUGUUUAUUGGUGCAAUGUUUGGAGGUGACACACUCUAUGAACUUCGGUGUUCGUUACAGUUAGCAGAAACAGAAAGGGAAGGAGGAUUUUCUCCACAUGUUUCUCCUUUCACUGCUGUCAAUGACCUAGGACAUCUGCUUGGGAGAGCUGGCUUUAAUACACUGACUGUGGAUACUGAUGAAAUUCAAGUUAACUAUCCUGGGAUGUUUGAAUUGAUGGAAGAUUUACAAGGCACUUUAAUCCGAUCCUGAAAAAUGAGAAGAUGAUUUAAGCAGGAGAAUUGUAAGGAUAAGUAGCUUGCAAUUGUUUACAGAUUUAUAGUUGUUCUGACAUGUUGUUGCAGUUCUCAGUAGUGCUCUGCUAACUAGUGUAUCCCUAGAUUAUAAGUGAGGAAUAUUAGUCCCAAGGGGACACUUGUCUGUUAGUGGCAGAAUUAGAUGCCAGACUCUUGCUCUGGCACUCUCUUACCUGACUCUACUACUGCUUUUGUCUACCCAUUUGUAACACAGUUCAUUUUACCCAUCAUCUAGCCUCCUCUGGGAAUGGGACUUCUGAUGGCUUUACAAGGGGAAAGAUAUGUAGCCGAAAACUUACUAUUAGAGUCACUCUUCAUUCAUUAUAAUUUAAUACAGGGAUUGGUAGCCUAUAGCAUGCAUGCCUAAGAUGACAGGGGACCAGUAUAAAUCACACAUCCCCUCCCAAGCACUGCCCCAAGCACUUGGCUCCCCAUGAUGUAAUCAUGGGGCUCCUUCAUCUCAAAGGCUUGAGUGUUGGUGGUGGGCUGAUGAUGUAUCAUUCAGACUCUAAUUAUAAAAAUAUUUCUCAAAUGCAGCAUUUACUUUUAUUCUGCUAUAUAAUAAAUACUGUGCUCACGAUUCAUUUUAAGAGAGAAGCAAGAGAGACUAGAAAUUAGAUGUAUCAGUUGGAAAAGGUUACUGCCCACUGAUUUAAAAAUACAGAAGUUACUCUGUGCUGGGUGUGGUUCUGUGAGGUUUUCUGAUAUCCUAAUUUUACAGAUUGGCAAAUGGAGACAUUGUGGAGUUAAGUAUCUUGUCUGUGGUCACACGGGAUCUGGAAUCCAAAGUCCAAUACUGCCUACUUGAUUUGCGUGCAUUUUUUUUCCAUUAAAUCUAGCAUAGUAAAAUGCUCUCAUCUCAACUGUAUAGUUACUCAUAUUUUUAUUCACUAUCCAGACAAGGACUAGAACAUUUCCAGCCCUCUCAGAAGGUUGCCCGAUGCUGCUACCCAGUUGAUAGUCACUGCUUCCCCCCAGAGUUUUAAAUAGGUCAUAUAUUUUGAGGACCUCUUGCCUAAUAUUUACCUUAAGAGGCUUUUGCCAGUGCUGCUUUAAUUUUUGCUGUACAGUCUUGUACAUAAAUCGUAUAUUUUAAUCUUUGAGUCUCUUAUCCUUAGGAUUAAGAAGUAUUAUCCAAAGAUAACUUGUAAAAGUGAUAUUUAACAAAGUAGAUAUGAACGUUAACUGGUUGAUAUUAUAUUCAUUCACUUACCAUUUACUAAACAUCUACCAUGUGCCAGCUAUUGAGUCAGUGAUGAAAAUACAUAGUUCCUUAUCUCGGGGAGCCUGUGCUCUGGUAGACACACAGAUAGAGAGACAGACCUAGGCAUUUAACUAUAAAAUGAGAUCAUCGUGUUUUAAAGUAUGGAAAAAUGGAAUCCCUAAAUCUGCUUAGGGAGUCAGGGGUACUUUUGUAGAAGAGACAGGACCUAAGCUAAAAUGAGUUUGCCAGGAGAAUGGAUGGGUGGUUGCAGGUUUGGGCAUUUGGGGCAUCGCCUUCCAGGCCAUGGAAAUGGUCUGUGUAAAAUGGAGAUGCAAGAGGAAAACACACUUCCUUCACUUUCCUAAUUAAGAAACUCCACAGUAAAUCUGUUUUGCUUGAAUAUGUAGAAUGGAGAGAUGAUGGGAAAUGAUGAAGAAUAGUCCACCAGAGGCUUCUAGAUUUUAUCAG